AUGCUUACAAGGAACUGUUUAUCCCUGCUUCUCUGGGUCCUGUUUGAUGGAGGUCUCCUAAUACCCCUUCAACCACAGCCACAACAGACUUUAGCCACAGAACCAACAGAAAAUGUUAUCAACCUGCCAGGGCGCCGAUCACAUUUCCAACGAGUUAAACGUGGCUGGGUAUGGAAUCAAUUUUUUGUGCUGGAGGAAUACAUGGGCUCCGAGCCUCAGUAUGUUGGAAAGCUGCAUUCUGACUUAGAUAAAGGAGAGGGCACUGUUAAAUACACCCUCUCAGGAGAUGGCGCUGGCACCGUUUUCACCAUUGAUGAAACUACGGGGGACAUUCAUGCAAUAAGGAGCCUGGAUAGAGAAGAAAAACCUUUCUACACACUCCGUGCUCAGGCUGUGGACAUAGAAACCAGGAAGCCCCUGGAGCCUGAAUCGGAAUUCAUCAUCAAAGUACAGGAUAUUAAUGACAAUGAGCCAAAGUUUUUGGACGGACCCUACGUUGCUAGUGUCCCAGAAAUGUCUCCUGUGGGUGCAUAUGUGCUCCAGGUCAAGGCCACAGACGCGGAUGACCCGACCUAUGGAAACAGUGCCAGAGUCGUUUAUAGCAUUCUUCAGGGACAACCUUAUUUCUCUAUUGAUCCCAAGACAGGUGUUAUUAGAACAGCUUUGCCAAACAUGGACAGGGAAGUCAAAGAACAAUACCAAGUUCUCAUCCAAGCCAAGGAUAUGGGCGGACAACUAGGAGGGUUAGCUGGAACGACAAUUGUCAACAUCACCCUCACGGAUGUCAAUGACAAUCCACCUCGAUUCCCCAAAAGUAUCUUCCAUCUGAAAGUUCCUGAGUCUUCUCCUAUUGGCUCAGCCAUUGGAAGAAUAAGAGCUGUGGAUCCUGAUUUUGGACAAAACGCAGAAAUUGAAUACAAUAUUGUUCCAGGAGAUGGAGGAAAUUUGUUUGACAUCAUCACAGAUGAGGAUACACAAGAAGGAGUCAUCAAAUUGAAAAAGCCAUUAGAUUUCGAAACAAAGAAGGCAUAUACUUUUAAAGUAGAAGCCUCCAACGUUCACCUUGACCACAGAUUUCACUCCGCCGGCCCUUUUAAAGACACGGCCACAGUGAAGAUCAGCGUGAUGGAUGUGGAGGAACCCCCGGUUUUUAGCAAGCCACUCUACACCAUGGAGGUUUAUGAAGACACUCCAGUUGGGACCAUCAUCGGCGCUGUCACUGCACAAGACCUCGACGUAGGCAGUAGUUCUGUUAGGUACUUCAUGGAUUGGAAGAGUGAUGGGGACAGCUACUUUACAAUAGACGGAACCGAAGGAACCAUCGCCACUAAAGAACUACUAGACAGAGAAAGCACCGCGCAGUAUAAUUUCUCCAUAAUUGCGAGUAAAGUUAGUAACCCAUUAUUAAGCAGCAAAGUCAACAUAUUGAUUAAUGUCUUAGAUGUCAAUGAAUUUCCUCCAGAAAUAUCUGUGCCAUAUGAGACAGCUGUGUGUGAAAAUGCCAAACCAGGACAGAUAAUUCAGAUAGUCAGCGCUGCAGACCGAGAUCUUUCACCUGCUGGGCAGCAAUUCUCCUUUAGAUUAUCACCCGAAGCUGCCAUCAAACCAAAUUUUACAGUCCGUGACUUCAGAAACAACACAGCUGGAAUUGAAACCCGAAGAAAUGGAUACAGGCGUAGGCAGCAAGAGAUGUAUUUCCUUCCUGUUGUAAUAGAAGACAGCAGCUAUCCUGUGCAGAGCAGCACCAACACAAUGACUAUUCGAGUUUGUAGAUGUGACUCUGAUGGUACCAUCCUGUCUUGUAAUGUGGAAGCAAUUUUUCUACCUGUGGGACUCAGCACUGGGGCUUUGAUUGCAAUCCUACUGUGCAUUGUUAUACUCUUAGCCAUAGUUGUGCUGUACGUAGCUCUGCGAAGGCAGAAGAAGAAAGACACUCUAAUGACCUCUAAAGAAGACAUCCGAGACAACGUUAUCCAUUACGAUGAUGAAGGAGGUGGGGAGGAGGACACCCAGGCUUUCGACAUUGGUGCUCUGAGAAAUCCGAAAGUGAUUGAAGAUAACAAAAUUCGCAGGGAUAUAAAACCAGACUCUCUCUGUUUACCUCGUCAGAGACCACCGGUGGAAGAUAACACAGACAUACGGGAUUUCAUUAAUCAAAGGCUACAGGAGAAUGAUGUGGACCCAACUGCCCCACCAUACGAUUCAUUGGCAACAUAUGCAUAUGAAGGAAAUGGAUCAGUAGCAGACUCCCUUAGCUCUAUAGACUCUCUCACCACAGAAGCGGACCAGGACUACGACUAUCUGACAGACUGGGGACCCCGCUUUAAAGUCCUGGCAGAUAUAUUUGGUGAAGAAGAGAGUUAUAACCCUGAUAAAGUCACUUAGGGUGGAAGCGAAGGAUAAAACACAACCAAAAUGAGACAUUUAAGAAAAAGAAACACAAAUAGAAAUCACAC